AGGUUCGGUGCAGUCAAGGCCCAGGAGGUGGUGCUGAGGCUGGGCGGGCCGGCCCCGUUCUUUAGCCAGUGAUCGCCCAUCGGACUCCAGCCGACCCGCCUGGGAGGGAGCGGUCUUUUCACAAGAGACCAGCAGCGCCAGGCGGAGGAGUCACACCAGGUGGAGGUCACAUCAGGGCGUCGGCUCGGCAACCAGCCGUGCGGCCGAGCUUCCCACGAUUGCUGUCCUUUCCCUGCUGUGUUAGAGCGGCUGCUUCCAGUCCAGCCUCUCCACCUGCUGACAUUUCGAAAUCGUCCCGCCCUGUUUCGACAUCUCUCUUCCCGGCCUCCAGUUCUUCGCCAGGUGCUGGGCCCUUUGCCAGCGGGCACCCGGGGAACUCAUUCAUUCAACGACGGUGGGGUUUGCUGGGCUACUUCGGGUGCAAACUCGGCGCGGGGUGCGGGGUGGGGCCUGCGGAGCGCCGUGCCCUCGCGAGUCCGCUCUCUCGCGCGCGGCCAGCAGGGCCGGCAGUCCAGGCUUGACCGGAGUGGAAAGGGCCGCCGCCCGCAUGUCGCAACAGGUUCCCGAACAGACCCGCGAGCCCUGCCAGCGGAUGCCCGGCUCUGGCCGGCUCCGCCUCGCGAGUCGGAGAUCCCGCGGGAACAGAGCUCUCGGCCUGGGCACCCGCGCGCCUCGGGAUUUGGGGCGGGCGCUCGAGCGCGGGUCGUAACGGCCGCAGUCAGCGGUUUGACCUUGAGGCCUGGCACCGCUCCCCAAGGCACCCGACCCGGGGCGCCGAGAGCCCCGCGGGCGCCGGUCCCAGGCAGACACCCGGCCUCUAGGGUCCCUGGGCGCUUCGCUCUCUUUCACGUAGCCAAUCGGAUCCCGACGUGGUGCGGCCAAGUAUCAAGGGUGGUUGAGCUUCUCAAAGUUCAGCCUUAAGUUUCACAUGUCGGCCAAUCAGCGGCCAAUAAACAAGAAGCUUCAAAGAUCAAAGGGAAAGGGGUGGGAGCCUCGCCUGCGGACGGAAGAAUGACAGGCCCCUGCACCAAUACCGCAGACCCGAAUGCAGAGCCUACAGCCCGACCCAGCGGCCCGCUAUCGCAAUGUGUUGGAGGCUCUCUGGAGGAUUAUAAGAACCGAGGGCCUGUGGAGGCCCAUGCGGGGCCUGAAUGUCACAGCAACAGGCGCAGGGCCUGCCCAUGCCCUCUAUUUUGCCUGCUACGAAAAAUUAAAAAAGACUUUGAGUGAUGUAAUCCAUCCUGGGGGCAAUAGCCAUAUUGCCAAUGGUGCGGCCGGGUGUGUAGCUACAUUACUUCAUGAUGCAGCCAUGAAUCCAGCUGAAGUGGUCAAGCAAAGGAUGCAGAUGUACAACUCACCUUACCACCGGGUGACAGACUGUGUACGGGCAGUGUGGCAAAAUGAAGGGGCUGGAGCCUUUUACCGCAGCUACACCACCCAGCUGACCAUGAACGUUCCCUUCCAAGCCAUUCACUUCAUGACCUAUGAAUUCCUGCAGGAGCACUUUAACCCCCAGAGACGGUACAACCCCAGCUCCCAUGUUGUCUCCGGAGCCUGUGCAGGAGCUGUAGCUGCCGCUGUCACAACCCCACUGGACGUUUGCAAAACACUGCUCAACACCCAGGAAUCCCUGGCUUUGAACUCAAACUUCACAGGACAUGUUACAGGCAUGGCUAGUGCCUUCAGGACGGUAUAUCAAGUAGGUGGUGUGACUGCCUACUUCCGAGGUGUGCAAGCUAGAGUAAUUUACCAGAUUCCCUCCACAGCCAUUGCAUGGUCUGUGUAUGAGUUCUUCAAAUACCUGAUCACUAAACGGCAAGAAGAGUGGAGGGCAGGCAAGUGAAGUAGCACUGAAUGAAGUCGGAGGUUCAGACAACACUGCUGUGCUCUACCCACUCCAGCCGCAUUCUCUGUCUCCUGGCAUGCUCCAGCCUUGAGUGGAGUUGGAAGGAAAGUAGAAGGCUCUCCCCAGGCUGUUGGUGUUUUGGCUAACACCAGUUACUGCCAACCUCCGAUGCGCCACCUUUCCUUCCAGGCCCUAAGCAAGUGCAACAAAGCACACCACAGCACGUGGACAACCGCUCCAUCCUGGGCCUGAUGACCUGCUCUCGACUGUUAGAGAGGGAUAAGCAGCUCAAUCCCCUGGUUCCUAAUAAAAACGUUUAAGUUAAA